AUGUCAGAUACAGAUGUAGAUACAGAUACAAAUGUAGAUGUAGAUGUAGAUACAGAUCAUUACACGUACAUGGAGAAGGACGGAUGGGUGGAGGUGUACGCACCUCCUCUGUUUGCUGACGAUCUACGGAGCUACUUCUACAUUCUCCCGCAACGCGAUGCCAACCACGGAGACUUCAUGCACGUCACCAUGCUGGAGAUGUCCGAAGUGAACGAGAUCCCGCUCACUCACGGCACGUAUGACGUCACGGCAAUCGUCGGCUACGAUCACGAGAAGCGGCUCGUCUACUACGUCGCCACGGAGAACCAUCGCGAGUACGCCAGGCGGCGCCACCUGUGGAGCGUCGGCACGCCCGAGGCCGACAGUCCGCGGAAACCCGUGUGCUUGACGUGUAAGCUGGAGAACGGGUGCGAGUACUACGAUGCUUACUUCAACGACAACGGCAAAUACUACGCGCUGUUCUGCCGCGGUCCCGGACUGCCUAGAUGGACGCUGCACAGCACGGAGCAGCCGGAACCCGUGAGAACGCUGUAUUCCUUUGACGAACUCAACGUGUCCGUAUCAAGAACGGCGCUGCCGAAGAAAAUAUACUUCCAAGUUCCCGUCGAUGACAACUACAAGGUGAAUGUGCAAAUGCUGUUGCCUGUAGAAUACAAGGACGAUGAGGUUCUUUUGUAUCCACUACUCAUUAAUGCGGGCAAUAAAUU